AUGGUCGGAGCAAAGAAGAAAAACGCUGCGACAAAGCAACCUACAAGUAACACAAAAGAAGAUCGCAUUAGUAGCUUACCUGAUGAAAUUAUCUGUCACAUCCUUUCCUUCUUGCCAUCAACACUUCAAGCUGUGAGAACUUCUGUUUUAUCAAAAAGAUGGCGUCUUCUUUGGACCUAUGUUCCAAACAUCACUUUUCCUCUCAAAUUCGUUCCAUUAAUCUUUUACUACGACCUCAAAGAAUACAGUGAACGAGAAGCUAGAUUGAUUGAUAAAACCCUGAAGACUUAUUCUUCCUCCAAGAUCAAGAAAUUCUGCAUCCAAUUUUCCGCAGAUUUGAUUGACUUGGGUCCUCGAAUGGAUUCGUGGGUCCAGUUCGCUGUGGGAAGGGACGUGGAGGAUCUUACAUUGGAAUUUUCCCUCAACAAUAGCAUACGCGGCUUCGAUAUCGCCAAAUGUUAUGGUUACUCGUUGCCCCAAUUCUUUUACCACAAUUCAUGGUUGCGUAAUUUGAAGGCCGAUUUUUGUCAGUUCGUGCCUGAUGGGAGAGUAUCAUGGUCAUCACUCAAGGAUUUGAGUAUCGGGCAUGAUACUUUAACUGAUGAAGUGAUGCAAAAUAUUCUAGAUGGAACUCCUGUACUUCAAUCCUUGAAAUUGCUCUCUUGCAAUCGAAUUCAUAGGCUUGAUCUUUCUUUGAAUUCUCAUUUGAAGAAGUUAGUGAUGCAUGAAGCUGUUGCUUAUGUUAAAGAGGAUGAUACUGUGGUUGAAAUUGCAGGUCCUCACCUUCAGGUUUUGGAAAUUAUGGGUUUUUGGUUUAAGAAGAAGUGUAGGUUGAUGAAUAUGUCAUCUUUGAUCAGGGCUACCCUAGAUUUUGAGGUAGAAAGAGGUCUUCAUGAAAAGAGGAAUGAUUUCUUAGAGAAGAGUCGAAAUAUUGUCGAGGAGUGUCUUGACAACGUUCAUCAUGCAAGGGAACUAAAACUAGGAAGUUGGUGCAUUCAGGUUCUAUCGACAUCGAGGAUGGUGAAUGUUCUGCUUUCUCCAUCGUUAAGUCGCAAAUGCUUAAUUCUUGAUGUUGACAGUUUCAGUAACCAGUACAUCCCUGGGAUAGCAAGUCUACUUUGCUGUUCAUAUAACCUACAUGAAUUGGUUAUAAAUAUAUGCCCUGACAUCACAUGUAAAGAGUUCUAUGCUGACUCAGACUUCUCCAACUCUGAUGAUUUUGGGGAGAAUUAUUGGAAGUCACAGAAGAUAAUUUUCAGCCAUUUAUUGUUGAAUCUCAAGACUGUUAAGAUAUCCAAACUCAUGAAAAGAGAAAGAGGUUGUAGCCUUGAACGUGUGUUUACAUUUCUGGGGUUUCUGCUCAAGAAUGCAAGUGUGCUGGAGAAGAUGGUUUUAUAUGGUUCGCGUCUUGGACGAGAUGUUCUCUUUGUGGCCUCAAAAUUGUUAAGUAUCCCAAGGCGUUCUCCUCAUGCUGUGGUUUUGUUUCAGAAAAAACUGAUGACAUAAGUCCAGUAAAUAUAUAGUUCUUUAUAAAAAACAGAAAAAAGAAAAAUUCAAAAGAACUUGUUUUGAUUGCAAUUGCCCAAGUUGUUUGUGGUAUCCUCUCCUUCAAAAAAUUGCAACUUAGAUCAAGAUUUUCAAGAAAAUGUGAACUUCCUAUCUCAAAGGGAAUAUUUUCUGUUAAAUUAUUGUGACUCAAAUUCGAAAGCAAUAAACUUGAAAACUUUCCAAGUU